AUGCUUCAUCCGAUUUUGGAUCUUAGUAGUGUGAAUGUUGUCCUUGCGUUGUCAGGAAUCUACAUUUUGGUCUUUGGAUUCAUUGCUGUGAAGAUCAAACAAAGAUGGUACCUCGGUGAAGCACUACCAUCAUUUAUAGUUGGCGCUAUCAUUGGACCGUUUUGUGCUAAAUUCAUCAACGUGGGCCAAUGGACUGGCAACUCUGGAAAUGAUGUCGGUGACAUAGCCUAUGGCUUGAGCCGACUAGUGAUUGGUAUCGGAAUGGUCAAAGUUGGCUAUGAGCUACCAAAGCGAUAUCUUCGGCUUCGCCUGGUCGAGCUCACCAUCUGUUUACUGCCUUUGAUGACCAUUCAAUGGUUGAUCACAUCAGCAUGUAUCAAGCUCAUGAUUCCUCAGUUGAGUUUUUUGACUUCACUCAUAAUCGGAUCUUGUGUGAUAUGUAUCGAUCCCGUACUGUCGCAGGCUAUCGCCAAAGGCCCUUUUGCAGAUCAAUACGUCCGAAGACAUCUUCGAGAAUUCAUCUCAGCGGAAGCAGGAGGGAAUGAUGGCUUCGGAUUUCCAUUUCUUCUCCUCUCGAUUGCGCUCCUUCGUUAUACCGAUACACCGCCAGGUGCAAUGAGCUCCGUCCAGACAGACCCCACGACACAGAAGCGAGAUUGGAUUGGAGAGCCUGAUACUGGUCGGUUUGGUGGUGAUGUCAAUCGGGCAUUGGCUCACUGGGCCGUUGAAGGCGUUUUAUACAUGCUGGUCAUGGGCGCUGGGUACGGUGUACUUGUUGGAUUCUUGAGUCGGAAAGCGUUGAACAUUGCUUCAAAGAGGCGAUGGGUCGACAAGGAGAGUUUCGUUUUAUAUCCCGUUGCUAUCGGAUUAUUUAUUGUUGGCACAUGCGGCUGCUUUGGUUCCGACGAGACUCUCGCCUGCUUCGUUGCCGGCUGCGCUUUGAAUUGGGACGGUUUGUACCAUUUCGAAAUUGAAGAACGACAUGAUUCUUUCAAUUCUGCGAUUGAAAACGUCUUGAACAUUGGGACAUUCAUGUUCCUCGGUGUUAUCAUGCCCUGGGAUCAAUUCCAUAUGCCGAGUCAGAGUGGGAUCACCAUUGCCCGACUAGUCGGACUGGGAUUCUUGAUCUUGAUAUUCCGUCGCAUCCCAGCGAUCAUGAUGGGAUAUCGAUUCAUGCCCAAGGUGUGCAAUGAUUGGAAAGAGGCCUUGUUUAUGGGUUAUUUUGGGCCUAUUGGAAUUGGCGCGAUAUCAUAUGUAGAGUAUGCCCGCCGACUAUUACCCGAUCCCGGACAAAGUGAUGCUGAGAUCAACAUCUUGACUUCGACCAUGAUUCCCGUGGUUUACUGGCUGGUCUUUUUCUCCAUCGUCAUCCACGGGCUAUCCAUUCCAGUCCUGAAUGGUCUCUAUAAGUGGUUCAGGGUUCCCAUCAUCAAAGACCACCCAGUGGAAAUAAUCCUGCUCUCUGAAAACGAACCAGUUCCGAAUAAUAGCGUGGUCGAUCGCCAAGGCCACUCGAUUGUGCUGAAUAACCGAUUCUCUUGUGCAUCCGGUCAUCGUCAGUCAGAUGAUGACAAUAAUCAAGAGCCAGAUAUCAUCAUGUUACGACGCAGUGGAGACACAGAUUAUACGGGCUCGCUGGAACGAGACUCCACCAAGGCGUCUUCGCGGGAGCUGGAGCGGACGAUAUCCGUGAAAAACGUGGUAUAG